AUGCGAAUCGCUCCUGGUGCUUCAAUCCUUGCGCAGGAGACGUCCGGGCUGAUUUUCGUCCUGGCGGUGGCGAUCUCAGCCGAAGAGGAGCACUUUCUCGACGUGAAGCAGAUUGUCAAGGGAACCAUUGAGGCCGUAGCAAAGUUGCCCAUACCGCAACAGAAUACCAGCGCGGAAGGAGAGAAGAAUCCUGAAGACUUCUACAGACUGUUUCAACUGCCAGCCGACAUCAUGACCAAGCUGGCAGAGGAUGCCGGCUAUAUAGAUCCACGGACAACAACAAGUGGCAUGCAUCUUUGCGCAGAGUAUUAUGUUCAAAGGACGUUUCUUUGUUGUAUUGAUCAUCCCUCUUUAUACGAGCUGAUAGUCUAG